AUGGAUACCCUCAGGUUCUAUUUUGUAACCUGGAAUGUGGCUACAAAGUCUCCAGGUCAAGAUCUGAACGCAUUAUUGGAUUUUCCAUCAGUUUUCAACAAAAAUAAGCCACUGCCAGAUUUCUAUGUCAUUGGCUUGCAAGAAGUAAAAUCUCAACCUCAGAAUAUGUUAAUGGACAGUCUGUUCACUGAUCAAUGGACUUCAAUGUUCAACAAGAUCCUAUGUAGACAGGGCUUUAUAGUUGCUAAGAGCGUCAGAUUACAGGGAAUAAUACUUCUAGUGUAUACACAUAUGAAACAUGUGGUGAAUCUAAGGGAUAUAGAAGCUCAGUAUACUAAGACUGGCUUAGGAGGUUUAUGGGGCAACAAAGGUGCGGUGAGUGUGAGGUUCAAUAUAUACGGUUGUUCUGUGUGUCUCGUGAACUCUCACCUCACGGCUCACGAUCACCUGCUGGCGGAUCGGAUCAACGAUUAUAACACCAUCAUAUCAGACCACCAGUACCAUAUUACUGAGACCCACAACAUAUUAUACCACGAUUACGUGUUCUGGAUAGGAGAUUUAAAUUUCCGGACAGACCAUCCAGCUGAGAACAGUCCUAGCGCUGAAGAGAUAGUUGCUACCCUGGAAAAAGUAGAAAAGGACAAAUUUAACACACUCCUGCGACAUGACCAGCUACUAGCAGUGAUGGAGAGCGGGGAAGCUUUCUCUGAAUUCUCCGAAGCAGAUAUAAGAUUCGCGCCGACUUACAAAUUUAUGAUCGGCACUGACGACUACGACAUCAAACGUAAACCUUCAUGGACGGACAGAAUCUUGUUCAAAGUUAUUACUAACACUUACGAGAAUGUAACUCUUCGUGCUGACGUCAUCUCCUACAACUCCCUACCACAGUACACCAUCAGCGAUCAUAAACCAGUGGUUGGACAGUUCAAUAUAAAAACUCAAAGAACAAUAUCAUCAAGCGAAGUCAAACCAAAGGUAGGGAAGGCACAGAUACGAAUGCGUUCAGCUAUUGUACCAGAUUCAUCGGAAAUGGCCCAUGAAAUUGCAGUAGCCACAUUCGCACAUUUACCUGAUGAAGAUCAAGAUGAACACCAGCCUGAGGCGUUUUCCAACUACGCAGUCCGUGUCGUUGAAUUCGAGCCGAUCUCAAGGAUUUGGUACAUCGGUGACGCUGACUUUAGGACACAGUGCACCCUCACACCUGAUGUUGAAGUCAAUCCUAACGACUGGAUAGGGAUAUAUGAUGCGAACUUCCAUAGUCUAGACGACUAUAUAGCGUACGAAUAUCUGUCAAAAGUCUGCGUGGCGGGUGCUGAGGGUGCGAGGAGUGCGGAGGGUGUUGAGGGUGCGGAGGGUGCGAGGAGUGCGGGCAGACCUCGCACCUUCACCCUCAGUUUCCCCGUCGGCAGCGGCGUCCGUACUCCCGGUUUCUAUCGCUUCAUAUACUUCAGCCAGCCAAAUAAUGACGUCAGGAGUGUACUCGGUAUAUCAGAGCCGUUUGAAGUGAGCAGUAAGGAGGAUAGGUUAGUUAAUAUAGAUCCGUGUAUUGAAGCGUCUACAUCGAAGCCAUCGACAGCAACUAGUGAUGUUUUCACUGAUUUCACCGGUCUGGACGUGGCGAAGCUUUCCCGACACUUCUCAAACGACCUAAGUAUUGACUGA